AUGGGGCCCCCGGCAGAGCUGCUGCGGGGCCGUGCUGGCCCAGAGGCCUGGCGCAAGGCGGCCAAGGCCACGGUGCAGGCAGCGCAGGAUCUGCACAAGGGCUGCGCUCGGGAGGCCUUGUCCCUGUGGCGCCCACCAGGCCAGCCCAAGGAGCUGCCCCAUGAGCACCGGGCACGUCUCCAGAGCUGGCACUUCAAGCUGGAUGUGACAGAGACUGGUGAGACCUUGGAGAAGCCGCCCGAGGGACCAGGCGUGACAUUGUGGAAGAGCAAGACCAAACCACCCCCGUGGGUUAGCCAGCUGCCCCUGCCCUGCUUCCGGGACUUCUGCACCAGCACCAGCAACCGCCUGGCCCACCGUUACUGCAGCACUGUGAGGCUGAUGGUGAGCCGGCUGCGCCAGGCUCUCAGUGAGGUCAGCCAGCAGGCCAAGCACCUGGUGGUGGAGCGCAAGCAUCUCGACACUGUGCUAGCCAAGGUCCGCACUGCACUGCUCACCAACCGGCAGAGCGCGACUGUGCGUGGGUACCGCCCGCAGACCGAGCAGGCCCCAGACCAGGUAGAUGCCCUGCUGCAGUGGGAGCGCAAGGAGCUGCAGAAGCUGAAGGUCAGGCUGGAGGGGGAUAUGGCCAUGUCAGAGAAACACCUCCAGGCACUGGACAAGUGCCAGCGCUCCCUGGGGGAGCUCUGUGAGGAACGGGGCUGCGUGCUGGAGCUGAUGGGGCAGCCACUGCACAGGGUGCUACUGGAGUCUGGGCGUGACUCGUGGCUCAGCCUGACCCGGCCCUCGUCCCCCAAUGUGGAUAGGAACCCCACGCCGGAGCCCAACCCCAUAGGGCCCUACACACCAGAGUGUGCUGCAGCUAUCGAGGAGGCACGGCGCCUCACAGUGCAAUCCAAGAAGGUGCUGACAGUGCUGAAAGAGGACACGGUCCAGGCCACAGCCACUCUCCGAGAAGCCCAGGCAGCCAUUGACGGCAGCCUGCAGCGUAAGAUGAAUGAGACUAUGGCCCUCAAGGAGCGUCUCUAUAUGGUGAUGGGGGGCAUGCGCAGCACCUUGAAUCGCUGUCAGCGCUUCCACGAUGAGAUGAGCAUCACCCAUGGCAUGACCAUGGGCCCUGAGUCCAGCAAGUACCAAGAGACGCGAGAGAAGCUGACUCGGCCCAUAGUGCGAGUGUAUCAGCGACACGUGGGCACCCAGCUGCCAGAGGCCAACAUCCUCACACAGGGCAGCACACUGCUGGAGUCCUCCAUGCAGAACGCGGCCAGGAAUGUGGAGCGCAUGCAGCACACCAAGGAGCACCUGCGCUCCUCCAUCCAUGACAAGCAGAUGGGCUUCGAUGUGGAUGCCAGCAUCCAGCGCCUCCGCCGGCGCCGCAUGCACCCACGCAGCACCAUGGACGAGGCCAGCCAGCUGACCUGCUCCUAGGGGCACCCUACCCCAAGAACUACAAUAUUAUACAAAUAAA